UUGUUGUUAUUGCACCUUUUACUUUUCCCGCAAUACCAUUUGCAGAGCGUCAUGCGGCCAGAACGUUCGACGAUAACCAUCAUUAAUAGAUCAGCCUGAUAACGUUGUUCGGCAUUGGCGCACAGCGCACGAACGCACACACACACACACGAUUCAGUAUAUUUAUUGCUAGUUGUGUGUGUGCGUUGGUAUGCAUGCAUAAUUAAAGGUUUUAUCCGCUUUUUUAUUCAGCGAUUUUUUCAUACUUUUUUUUUUGUUUUUUUUUUUUAUUGUAACGUCGCGCAAGCAGUGAAAUUUCCUCGCUCUACGCACCGCACAGCUGUGUGAAAUGGACACCGAGUUUGGGUUUCGGAUUCGGCGUGGUUUUCGUGAUUUUCAUUGCUUGCUGCUCCCGUUGCUGUUGCUACUGCUGCUGCUUCGGCGGCGUCGACGGCGUUUAAUUUCGGUGUAGCUUUGGCUUUGGCUUGGAUUUUGGCUUCGCCUUCGCCUUUAACAUGCGACACAGCUGCUCGAUCGGUUUCAGAUGACCACGAACGGUGAACGCGUCAAGAACUUAUGCUCUCACCUAUAAUCAUUAAGUGAGCGCCGCUAGUUAAGGCAGCACACAGAAGCACAAAGCAAGUACCAAACGGUCGGACGCGCGCAGAGUAUAAGACACAUUAUAAAGCCGGCGUGGCGGCAGCUAUUGUUUUAAAAAGGAAUUAAGUAAACAUAAAAGCGAAAAAAAUUGAAAGUAAAAAAUUUUAAAGUAUUUUAAAAAACUAAACAAAAAAGGAAAAAGUUUUAAAAAUUAUUUGUGGUUUGUUUAAAUAAAAUUUUACACUUGCUGUUACGUGCAAUUAAUUACAAAUCGUGUGCGUUACUUUGUUGGGUGUUAAGUGUGUUAUAACCUUAUUGAAGUGCUUGUGAUUUAUUUUUGAUAAAUUGUUUUAAACUUCAACGUCGUACUCUAAGAAAUCCAAACGAGCCCUCACCUACUGCAUAAGCAGUCGAAAUAUUUCAUUUCCACUAACCAACGCAAUUUUAUGCUCGCGCCCAAAAUUGACGAUUACGCGUUAUAAUUUUUUUCGCAAAAGUUUUUUUCUUUAAUAAUCAUACGUGAAUAGCAACCGGCAAAAGUCUAUACACACCACAAGCGAACCAGCAAGGAAAUAAGUAAAAGGCCGUAAAUUAAAAGAAAAAAAUUGGCUAAAAAAAAUUAAGUUUUUGCCGAAACAGCAUUUGCAGUAAACGAAAAGCCCAUAGAGUCAUACAACGCACAUAGGCAUCAUUAACAGCAACAAAGCAACAGAGCGCGCCAACAGAAGAAUAUCGCGGCACGUUUGGUGGUCAUAACAUAGGCAGCCUUGCGCCAGACCAGCAGCAAGCAGCGAGCACAGUGCUGAGUUAGGGCUUGUGAAAAAAUUGCAAUUUCCACUUGAAUUAGAUACAAGCGUGCGCAUCGUCGUCGCCAUGCUAAAUUUGUUGCCAUCGGCGGUGAUAAAUGCUUUGCGCGCCUUCUGGCUGCGUUUGCUGGUAAUAUGCGGUCGAACGCAUAAAUGUCGCCUGGGAGAAGGUGAAUACUUAACGCCAUCAACAGCAGCAGCAACUAUCUCGAUCACAGCGACGGCGAAGCCGAACGACAUGGCAGCGGCGCUGGCAACACAGCCAUUGGCAGCACCACCCAGCACGGGGGCUUGGCCGUGGAAGGCGAAAGUUGAGAAGUCGUCGGCAGAGGAAUUGCGGAAGUUGCCAAGGCCGAAAGGAUUGCCAUUAAUUGGCACGUUUUGGGAUCUAGUCGCGGCCGGCGGUGGACAACAAUUACACAAAUACGUUCAUCGACGCCAUGAAGAGCUCGGUCCAAUAUUUUACGAACGUCUGGGCGGCGUACAGGAUGCCAUAUUUGUUUCAUCAGCAAGUCAAAUGCGUGCGGUAUUCCAAUAUGAGGGCCAAUAUCCACGGCAUCCGCUGCCAGAGUCGUGGAUUUUAUACAAUAAGCAGCACAAUUGUCAGCGCGGCUUGUUCUUCAUGGAGGGACCCGAAUGGCUACAUAACCGACGCAUAUUAAAUCGUUUUCUGCUCGGCGGUACCAUGAAGUGGAUGGAUGUGCACAUCGAAGCGUGUACGCAGCGUUUGGUGAAUCUGUGGAAGACGCAAGCGGCCAAAGCGCAAGGCAGCUACACCGAAGUGCUGGAGCUCGAACAGCAGCUCUACAACUGGGCAAUUGAUGUGGUUUGCACCAUCAUGUUUGGCGUUUCAGCGGCGGAGAAUCCGCAUAUGGCCAAGACAAUGGAUGAAUUCUCGCGCAUUGUGCAUAGAAUAUUCGACACUAGUUCGGCGCUUAUGACGUUUCCACCACAAUUGGCCAAACGUUUCAAUAUGCGUAUUUGGCGUGAUUUCGAGGCGAGCGUCGCUGCGGUGCUGAAGAAGGGCAACGAUUUGAUUGAUCUGUUAGUUGAGUUACCAGAAGAGGUUACAAAUGGGUUGUGUGUGAAAAAUGGCGUCGACUGUCACGAUUGCAGUGGAGAUUCACUCUUCCAGAAACUCAUUUUGGCCGACAUGCCAUUGGAUACGAUUAAGCGCAUAUUUGUGGAUUUGGUUAUUGCCGCCGGCGAUACGACAGCCUACACAACGGAAUGGGCAUUUUAUCUACUCACUCAGAAUCCGGAAAUGCAAGAGCGUUUGGCCAAAGAAAUGGCUGCGCAUGACGGGCGCGGCAAUAUGCUGGUACAUGGUCUCAUAAAAGAGGCUAUGCGUUUAUAUCCGAUUGCACCAUUUAUUGGACGCUAUUUGGACACUGAGGCCAAUAUUGGCGGCUAUCAAAUCGAAAGAAAUAGCUUAGUGCUGCUCUCCUUGUACACGGCCGGUCGUGAGCCCAAACAUUUUCCCGAUCCAGAGACGGCAAAACCAGAACGUUGGCAACGCAACGAGGAAACCGGCGAACUACGGGAAGUCUUGCAAUCGCAUGGCUCCCUACCAUUCGCCAUCGGCAAUCGUUCGUGCAUUGGCCGACGCAUGGCCAUGAAACAAAUGCACUGCCUGCUAGCGUCGGUCAUAAGCAAUUUCAAAUUGCAAUGUAACAAUACAACACCAAUUGACUGCAAGCUGCGUUUGGUAACGGUACCCGAUCAGCCGCUACGACUGGCAAUAAAACUUCGUGACAUCGCAUAGUAUUAGUUAAUACAUAUACAU